ACAGGCCAAAUAUUCGCACUGCCUCGUUCCAGCAAUUGUCAGACACAUAUAGAUUACAUGGAUUUGGCAUCUUAUAUCGUCUUUUCCUUUCCAAAUUGGACUGUGCAAGGUUUGGAGAAGGUUUGGAGAAGAAUCGAUCUUAAUUACAUCAAUUCUGUCGCCAUUCCCAGCACAAGUGAUCUCUGAGGCUUGACGCGCCCUACACCAUCAGUCACAACAACCCUGAGCGUCUGAAGACAGCCAGCACACCAAGGAGAUACACUGGUUGCCAUCCUCAACAGAACAUCCAUCAUUAACUGAUCCGUUGUGUCAAAACUGCGGUUUAACUGUGAUGAAUGAAAGCCAUAUUGAUCUGACAUGCUCGUCGCUGUAACGGCAGACUGAUCCUCUCCAGCUCUACACCAUGCCGACCUUCGGGGAUGGUAUUGUAGUGAUGUCGUCUUUAAAAGGAGUCGUCGUAUUAGUUGUUACUGUAGCGUUCCUUCUUUCGGCGUUAAUGUGGAGCCUUCCUGGGGAUAAUGAACACACGCAAUGGAGAGUCUCAUCAAGGAGAGCCACCUCUGCGAACCGUGUUAAGGAAAGAGUUAAAAAAUCAGCUUUAACUCAAGGGACAUGUGAGGUUCUGACACCAUCGGAAGACGACUUGAGACUUUUACGUCUUCUUUCGCGGGUUUCUAAUGAGGAAAUGGACGGGAAACCUCACAGGAGAACAAAUGAGCAGGGUGAUGUGGCCAGGCUGGUGACAUGCUUGGUUCAGGAUGACUGUGGGGGACGGGAAUCGGUAUUAUGCAAGACAAAUAUCUGUUCCCACUUCACGGUUAAAAUGGGACCCCUAAGCCAUAUCAUACACGAUGUGUCCCUUGAGGCACUGGGCGAGAUUGUGAGGCUACGAGGAAGCAACACAACUGGAAUCGAUGUGAUCUGUGACAAGGGAAAGACGAAAACCGUUCACGAUACCUGGCAGAGUUUAGAAAUUCGGCGUAGCAGGCUUUGUGAACGUGAUGAGAACGAAACGGAAUAUCCUCAAAACAUCCAUAUAAUUAACGUGAGGUUUCUAUCACGAUGGGAGUUGUUUGCUAGGAUGAAGAGGCUGAGUGACCUGGUCACAUCCAAACCCCAGCACGGAAUGAGAGUGGUAGAUUUCUCGAAGUACCAGAGCCUUGUGUGGGAAGACAUUGACAAUCUCAGGGCUCUACUUCAGGGACAGGUAGUUCAAAACGAUUCCAAACCCACACUCAUUGACAUCGCCAGACAAAAUGGAUUCAGUGUAAGAGUAUUUGAUUUAUCAGAAGAGGAUUAUCAUCGGUCUCUUGACUUAAAACAUAUCUUAGAAAACAGUAGCACAGAGUGCUUAUUCGGUGGAGAACGUGACAAACCGUUUGAUAACAUCCCAUCGUGUGAGUGUUCCGUUUACCAAGGGGCUGAAUAUACUCCUGAACAAAAGUUGGAGGAAUUGCGAAAAUGCUUAUCCAACAUUAAUGACAUUCCCACGACAAAGAGAGUACUGACGAUGACAUUUAUGGAAAACACACAUUGGGAAUCCUCCACUGAAAAGGCUGUUGAUGAUGCUAUUACUGACACUAUUAACAGCGUCAUCCACGCCGACAUGGACUCCAUCGUUAUACUGUUGAGCGACGUCGGGAACCCAUCUUUCUCCCGACUUGACCACUCACUAUUCAUGCAAACCCAGUCCUCAAAUCCCUUCCUCUUUAUUUUCUACCCUUCAUCUUCUGAGAAUGAAAGAAAACUGGCAGUUCUGGUCCAGAACAGAGAUAAAUUGAUUUCUGUAGAAGACAUUCAUCUAACGAUUUCGGAUUUAAUUUCCCUAGUUCCGACUGCUGACUAUGCGAGUAAACACGUAUGGGAUCCCAGUCGAUACCGAGGACUAUCUUUGUUGAGAUCUAUAAUCCCUUCCCGUUCUACCCAACAACUAGGAAUAAGAGCCCCUAGUUUCCCUAUAUGUGAGUCGAGAACACUACACUAUCCUAAUGAUACCAUACAAGCUGCAUUUGCCGAGACGGCCGUGGGCUUCAUUAACAACUAUAUACAAGGACGGAUGAAGACGGAUAAAAGGAUUAGAGACAGGUGUCGUCCAGUGGUAGGUGUAAGAUUUCGUAAUGUGCGAAAGUCUCACCAACACGGCAGGAGUGUGACCUUUAUGGAUUUAGAAAUAAAAGCCGUCUCCACAAAGAAGGUUCUACUCUUAAAUGAUAUUACUGUAACAUUGAAACCUGAAUCUAAUAACAACCAUACUUUGGAGAUCAACGCAAAGGAAGGGGGUAUGAAGACAUUGCUUGAGGGACAAAUCCUUCCAUUAGUGUGUUCAGGUGACCUGGAUGUGAACUUUUCACUAAUCUCGAAGUCUAAAAUCCCGUUACUUCUUCGAAGCGCCUUAAGCUUUGGGGCUAAACCACGAAUGAUACGGGUUCAUGGAGAAUGCCUGUUUUUGCUGGUGCGUGGUUUUACUGACAGCGCUGGGUACUACGUCAUGAACGUUUGCUAUGAUAGGCAGUACGACUUCAUUUUCAGCGGCCGACUGAUCAACGUGUUUUCCUUCGUCAAGUUACCAGUGAAAUUAACGGUUAAACCUGGCCAGAUGUACUUUGUGACAACGUUUGUUAAGACGUCCUACUUUGUCCAUGAAUUGUCCUUCCGCUAUGAAACACGUCACCAUAUGACGUUACUCUGAAACUUGACACCAUAUGACGUGCCCAUGAAACAUGUCGAUGUGUAACAUUGCUGUGAAACGCGUCAUUCAAUGACAUGACUUUGAAACACGUUAUGGUACGUGUGCAAUUACUAUUAAACUCUGAAGGACA